AUACAUUGUCCGAUUGAAACGGAAGUAAACAAGGGACACGUGAAUGAUGGAGCGGGCUGAGUUGAAUAAAGACGUUCCCUCAAGAAAACAAAACAGAGCUGACAUUGUCAAACAAUUCCAGUCGCGUUUUUUCGCCACCAGUCGCCUCGUAUUAUUCCCCUGGACGUUUUUAGAAAAUGAAUUGGAACGCAGCAAAUCAUCUGACCUCAUCUUAGAGAUUCUCAAACAGACAUGUCUUCACGCACUGUGCCGGAAGUUCCCGCCGUCCCCACGAUACAGGAAAUGCUUUCUCUCCGAGCUCAUAAGACGGGUGGAGACAGCAGGAUGCGAACCUCUAGAUGAGCUCUACGAUGCUCUGGCAGAGAUAGUGGCGGCCCAAGAGGUGGCCGAGGGAUACCGGACCUACAUAUUGCCGUGCGGGGACCCUGUCAGCUUGUUGGAGAAUGUGGCUUUAAUCUCAGAGGGGACGACGGGUCUGGUUACAUGGGAGGCGGCCCUUUACAUGGCCGAGUGGGCCUUGGAUCACCCGCAGAUCUUUGCUGGAAGGAAUGUUCUGGAGCUGGGCAGCGGUGUGGGUCUGACCGGCGUGGCCGUGUGUCGCUCGUGUGGUCCUUCCUCGUACGUCUUCACCGACUGUCACCAAAGUGUCCUCCAGAGACUCAGAGAAAACCUGAGCAUCAACGGACUCAACAAAACUAGCACCAGCAGGACCCGAGUCAGCGUACAAGAGCUGGACUGGACGAAGGUGACGGAGGAAUGCUUGAAUGACAUCGGCGCAGACGUGGUCAUAGCGGCAGAUGUGGUGUACGAUCCUGACGUGGUUGUGGUUCUGGUCCAGCUUCUGUCCAAGAUUUUAAAGCACGGUGGUGGUCAGGUUCCCACUGAGGUUCUCAUCUGUUCCACUGUGAGGAACCCGCAGACUUACGCCGGCUUCAAGCGCAGUCUAAGUGUUGCUGGGAUCGGCCACCGGGUGAUGAGCGGCGCUGUGAAUCACAUCUUUGAGUACAACAGAGAGUCUGAAAUAGAGCUUGUUCAAUUGUUUGCGUGUCAAUAAAGUUUUUUAUUAUUUACAAAA